ACAGAACUCACUAUUUGCUAUCUUAAGAAGUCCGUCUCUCAGUAAUCUCCAAAUUCUUCAGUACCUUAGCAAUGGCGCCAAAGGCUGAGAAGAAGCCUGCCGAGAAGAAGCCAGCGGCGGAGGAGAAGAAGGCUGAGAAGGCUCCGGCGGAGAAGAAGCCGAGAGCCGAGAAGAAGCUUCCCAAAGACGCCUCUGACAAGAAGAAGAAGAAGGCUAAGAAGAGCAUCGAGACUUACAAGAUCUACAUCUUUAAGGUUCUCAAGCAAGUUCAUCCUGAUAUCGGAAUCUCCAGCAAGGCCAUGGGGAUUAUGAACAGUUUCAUCAACGACAUUUUUGAGAAACUCGCUCAGGAAUCCUCCAAACUCGCUCGCUACAACAAGAAGCCGACCAUCACCUCUCGGGAGAUCCAAACGGCCGUGCGCCUUGUUCUUCCUGGUGAGUUGGCCAAACACGCCGUCUCCGAGGGUACCAAGGCUGUUACCAAAUUUACUAGCUCUUAGACUGAUGAAUAUUAGGGUUUUCUCGUGUUAAAAGCGGCACGACUCUUCGAAAUUGUUAAGUGAACGAGAAUCGAUUUAUAUAACGUGAUUUCGUUUGUGACUUACUUGAUUCUGGCCACAUUGUUUAGAUUGUAUUCUGGAUCUCUAUAGACUUGACCUAAUUUGUACUUCGAGUUUGUAUUUUUGAGUUUGUACCAGACAUUUAAUCUCAUUGCAACUCA